UUGACAAGAUGGCGGCGAUCGCGGGGCUGCAGGGACGGGUGGAAGCGCACGAGCGGCAGGUGUUCGGCCCGAGUGGGGCCAGGCAAGGGGCGGGCUCCUCAGCACCCCCCGCUCGGCCUGCAGCAGAUGGCUUGGUGAAAGUUCAAGUGGCUUUGGGGAACAUUGCAAGCAAAAGAGAGAGAAUUAAAAUUUUGUAUAAGAAAAUUGAAGAUUUAAUAAAAUAUCUGGAUCCUCAGUACAUUGAUCGAAUGGCUGUUCCCAAUGCCAUGAAACUGCAGUUCAUCUUAGCAGAGGAGCAGUUUAUUCUUUCCCAAGUCGCCCUUCUGGAACAGGUGAACAACCUCCAGCCGUUCUUGGACAGUGCACACAUCAAAGCUGCUCCUGACCAUGCUGCCAAACUGCAGCGACUUGCUCAAAUCCACAUCCAGCAGCAGGCAGUCACAGAGUUUAUUACAAGCAACAAGUCCAAGAUAAUAGAACACUGGAUGUAUUGACAUCUGCACGCAGACAGCAGGUCUGUGUUUGAUGGCUUGCUGCACACAGUUAAAGAAAUCCUGGAGAAGAGCUACACCCCAGGAGAGAUGUGCCACCGCUGAGUCAGUCGAAAUGUCAGACGUAUGAACUUGGCAGAACAGAGGGGUAUUGCUGGAGACCAUCGUUCUUUUCUUUUGCAAACCUUCCAGCUACUGUUUCACAGGACACUGGAGGACAGAUAAGGACACGCACACAAGAAAUGCUUUAGGAUCUUCAGCGACCACAAAUGGUUUAACGUCUUGUCCAAAAGACAGCCCCUCCAGCAGUAUAGCACCAGAGAUGGAGAGUGGAUCAGUGUUGAAUCAGAGAGGAAUUCCUCUUAGGGUACAUCUGGAUUGAAAAACAAAACAAAAACUACAGUGUAUCUCAGAGCCUGGGUGUGACAGGUUCCCUGAGGUACAACCUCAAACCGAAGUACCACUGAGCCUUCUGUCCCAUCAGUCUGAACUUCCUUUCACAUUGAGAUGUUGUGACAAGCUGCAAACCUACUGCACUCACACAAACAUCCACAGGCUGGGACACGCCCAGCUGCGUUACAUGAAUGCUUUUGCCAGCCACUCAUGAACCAACAAUAGAGAGGCUCCAGCCAGUUCCCCUAGCUCCCCAGUCUUGCACCCCUGAAUUGUACUUCUUACCCUGGUUAAAAGCCUGACCAGUGUAAGUUUAUUACCCAAUCUUCCCCUCCCUCGAUGGGGAAAGGACGUGCAUAAGUUUUUGUUAACUGAGCUAAGAUUUUUUUCCAUGCACUUCACUCCAGCCCCCCUGUUUUAGGUAAAAUAUAAAACUGAUGUAUUAACUACAGCAAGGUGGAGUAGUGAUUCUAAGAAAUAAGUGUACAGAUCAAAGUAGGUUAUACCUUAGAAAUCAAAUCGCAAUUUGAGUUCUCCAGAAUCCUAGAACUGGAAGUGCAUCCAGUCCGGUCCCCUGCACUCAAGGCAGGACUAAGUAUUAUCUAG